AUGGGUCAGUUUCAUAGUGAUUUGGAUCAUGAGGGUAUUGAUUGUAUGUUCAAGGUUGUUAUGAUUGGUGACUCUGGUGUUAGAAAAUCUCAGCUUUUGAAUAGGUUUGAUAGAAAUGAGUUUCAUUUGAAAUCUAAAGCUACAGUUGGUAUUGAGUUUUUGACCAAAACUUUUGAUCGUAAUGAGAAAUAUCAAGGUUCUAGAAUGUAUGAGUGUGAUUUGUGCGACAAAAGGUUCAACGCUGGCAACACACUCGGUGGCCACAAAACAUCUCACUUCUACUUACACCUUCAUGGACAUGAUCAUGCUAUUAAUAAGGAUGAUGAUGAUGAUGAUGAUCAGAAACAGAAACAUGGUUGUCUUGUUUGCAACAAGGUUUUUUCAUCCAAUAAGGCUUUAUGCGGACAUAUGAUAUUGCACCGUGAUAAGGGUCCCAAGAGUACUCAAUCUCCAACCACAUCCUUUGAAAAAUUUCAAAUUUCAAGUUGGUAUUGCACCACCAAGGUCACCUACAUAAAAAGCUCAAAGCUUCAAGCAAUGUGGAUAAUGAAAAGAUCGAGAAACAAGUUGGUGACAUUAAUGUAA